UGAAAGUAAAGACUAGUCUGCUGUCUUUACUGUGUAAUGUACUGUGAAACUCCGACACAAGUAAAAUGGACUUAGGUGAUGCCCAAUAUCUCUCAGAGCUGAGGAUUGUGUUAAUGGGGUAUAGAGCUGCUGGUAAAAGUACAACAGGAAACAGCAUCCUGGGCAGAGAGGAGUUUGACUUGAAGACACCUGCUCAGUGUGUGAGGAGACAUGGAGAAGUAGCAGACAGACACAUCACCAUCAUUGAAGCUCCUGGAUGGUGGAGGAGUUACACUGUAGAGAAGAGUCCUGAGUUACUGAAACAGGAGAUUGUGCUCAGUGUGUCUCUAUGUCCUCCAGGACCACAUGCUGUACUACUGAUCAUACGUGUGGAUGAUAGAUUUAAAGAGUCACACAGAAAAGCACUGCAGGGUCAUCUGGAUCUUCUCGGUGAGAGAGUCUGGAGUCACACUAUAGUGCUGUUCACUCAUGGAGACUCUCUGUUAGACACAUCUAUAGAGCAGCACAUUGAGAGUGAAGUGCAGGAUCUCCAGUGGCUGCUGGACAAAUGUGGGAACAGAUAUCAUGUUCUCAACAAUAAGAACAGGAGUGACGACACUCAGAUCAAGGAGCUGCUGGAGAAGAUUGAGGAGACAGUGGCACAAAACAACGGCUUCCAUUUUCAAAUAGACAGAAAGAUUUUACAGGAGAUUAAAGAGAGAAGAAGAGCAGAGGAAGAGAGAGCAGAAGAACGAAUGAAGAGGAUGAAAAAACAAAGCGAAAACAUCAGAUCACAGAUGAGUGAUGCCCAGCGUCUCUCAGAGCUGAGGAUUGUGUUAAUGGGGUAUAGAACUGCCGGUAAGAGUUCAACAGGAAACAGCAUCCUGGGCAGAGAGGAGUUUGACUUGAAGGCAUCUGCUCAGUGUGUGAGGAGACAUGGAGAAGUAGCAGACAGACACAUCACCGUCAUUGAAGCUCCAGGAUGGUGGAUGAACGAACCUGUAGAGGAGAGUCCUGAGUUACUGAAACAGGAGAUUGUGCUCAGUGUGUCUCUGUGUCCCCCAGGAGCACAUGCUGUGCUACUGAUCAUACGUGUGGACACUAGAUUUAAAGAGACUGAGAGAAAAGCAUUGCAGGGGCAUCUGGAUCUUCUGGGUGAGAGAGUCUGGAGUCACACUAUUGUGCUGUUCACCUGUGGAGACUCUCUGUUAGACACAUCUAUAGAGAAGCACAUUGAGAGUGAAGGGGAGGAUCUCCAGUGGCUGCUGGACAAAUGUGGGAACAGAUAUCAUGUUCUCAACAAUCAGAACAGGAGUGAUGACACUCAGAUCAAGGAGCUGCUGGAAAAGAUUGAGGAGACAGUGACACAAAACAAUGGCUGCCAUUUUGAAAUAGACAGAAAGAUUUUACAGGAGACUGAUGGUAAAAAGAAAAUGAUAGAGCAAAUAGACAAAUGGAGAGAGGACAUCAGAUCACUGACUAUGAGUGGAGAUGAUGGAUCUGAUUCAUGCUCUCUGGGAAGUUCUGCUUAUGGUUCAUUCAGAUCACGAUCAGGAGCAGACUCAAUUUUAGGAUCAUCACGGUCCAGAGAUUCAUCUCACACAAGUUACGUGUCAGGGGCCAUAAAAAGACAUAACAGCAUGGAUUUAAUACCACCAACCUUGAGUGGAGAUGAGCAGUCAGACACAUGGUCUGUGGGAAGUUCUGCUUACAGUUCAUUCAGAUCACGAUCAGCAGACAGCAGUUCAGUUUUUAGCUCAUCACACUCAAAAGUCUCAUCUCACAGCUCAGGAUUCGGGUCUUUGCGGUCCAUUCCUGAGUCUGUGGAACAUUCAGAAACCAGAAGAGCACAUGGCAAACCCAACAUCUCAAAGCUUUUCCCAAGAAUAUUGAAGAAGUACGACAAGCAAGAAGAAGACUUUAAGAAAACUUGAAUUACAUCAAUAAAAGAGAAAACUUCUCUAUAAUGUUGACAUUUAUAAUCUUGACAUCAAAAAUUUUAAUGAUAACCAUUUUUAAAGCUAUUAGAUAUAAGCAGUUGUCUGACCUUGAAUGUUAAGGUUAAUUGUAGUUCACAUUAGUGGAGCUGUAUAACCAUACAUACAUUGAUAACUAAUUAGAAGUGGGGUUUUUUUCUUUUGUCAUAAAUUAGUGUUUAUUUUUAACUUUUGAUGUUUAAUCACAGAUUUAUGGGCAUAGAUAUACAGAAGUGCUGUUCCAGUGCCCUGCUGCCUACUAUAAUUGAUCGAUUGUUUGUCAUAAGAAGCUUCAAAUGUAACAUUCUAAACCUCAAGACAUGCUCCUCAAGAGGUCUUCAUAAGUGACUCAGCUAAUGCUUACAGUCAGAAGUUAUUGACUCCCUCUAAUAAACCACAAAAAUACACGGAACACAAGAAUUGAGUUUUCCAUUUAUAAUCAUACAGAUCUAUAGUUAUAGUUAAAGUUAAUAUUUCAUCGUAAUGCAUUCUGACAUUGCAUUACUUGUGAAGGAUACAUGUUCACUGUCUCAGAAUUUGGUCAAAAUGAGAAAUCUUACAGGGAUGCAUAAUUUUGGUGCUGACUUUUUGGAACAUUUAUCAUAUUGGGUGAUAUGAUGGUUCCUAAGAUGCUGUCUAAGUUGGCAGUUCAGACCAUACCUACAUCUUCUCCACUGUACUGCUUCAGGCAAAUGUUCAGGUGUUUGCCGAAUGUAGGUGACACGAUCUGCAGCUCAGUUACCGCUGAGAGUGGAAGUAGAAGUAGAAGUAGAAGUAGUCAGCUCUCUCUGACUCAAGACUUCCUGUCUGUCCUGCAGCAGCAUCUUCUUCUGGUUUACACUGGAAAGACACGUUUAGCACGGAACCUGCUGCAGGACGUGGUGCGGAGCUGGUAUGCGCGUUUACCCUCCAUCGUACAGAACGCACAGCAGCUGGUGACCAGUGCAGAGGAGUGUGCUGAAGCCUGCAGAGACGGUGAGAGACAUAAGGAUGAUAUGGGUUAUUGGUGAAUUUUUCUGAAAAAUACAUUAAAUUAUCGUUUUAUUUCCAUGAGAUUAAAAUAUAGAGUAGACUUUUUCCAUCAUAUUGCACAAAAUCAAAGUAGCGUUAAUCAGUUCAGUGUCAGAUAUCAGCCUGCAUUUCAAGAAGCCCUUAACCCUUAAAUUUUCUAUUUUCUGAAUAUGUAUAGGAAUAGUUGAUUUUUCUUCUGAUUAUUUUCUUGUGUGUGUGUUUAAGGGAAAAAUUCUUGUAAUAUGCCAAUCUUCAGAACAUGUUACUGUCCACAAUAUAUGGCCUACAAGCCCACAGGAUUGAUUCAAAGCAUGUAUAAGUAUUGAGUAGGUAUCUUUUGAUGAGUUUAAAAUGUACUUUUAUUUCACGAAGUCACCUGCCCAUCCAGUCCUGAUUAAUGGUUAAUGGUAAACGAACUUGACUUGCUGUCCUCAAUGGAGGCUUGUACACGAGGCUCGGCUUGAGCUCCAAAUUCCAAUCCCCCCAUUGCAAUACUACCUAUAGGGAGAAUAACAGAAACAGAGGAGGAGAUGGGGAGGUGGAGGGAUGCUGGAAGAAUUAAUUCUGAGAAGGUGCAAUGAGUGCUGCUUAUAUAGGCUUGUAAUGAUGAUUGACAGGACUUAAUGAUUAUAAUGAUAUGAUAAUGAUAUACACAUUUCAAGAUUAGGUUUGAUAUGCAAUACUGAUCUCAUGAUAAAAUGCUUGAAUAUUUACCAUAAUAUUUAAUAUUUAAAACUAUAUAAUAUUUAAUAUAUAUUAUUUAAAACUAAGCCAAAAUAAAAAAGAGUUAAAUUGGGAAGUUUGGCAAUCAGCAGAACCAACAAUUUGCUAUCCUCCCAUUGCAUUAUCAUACAUUAUAUUCAGCAUUAUAUAUAGUAGUUGAAUAAUUUACACCUGGUUUUAACAUGUAAUCAGAUCACAGCCCAAAAUAAGGUGGAAACAAUCCUAGGUAGGGUUGCCCCCUGGUGAGGUACGGUUGCACCAGCUAUUCAUAAGUUCUUAUUAAAAUUGGAGCAUAAAGUCCACACUUGUGGCUUAGUAACUAGUUUGUAUCCAACUCUGUACUCAGUUUUGGUUGCAACAUUAGUUUUUAUGACAGAGUGUAUCUAAUA